AGCAGAGAUUUUUUUUAAUAAUGUGCAGUGCAGUCGCGUUCUCAGGAGCGCGAGGGCUGCUGCUACAGCGUCCCUCUCGCGCAGCUGCUCCGCAUUCUUCAAAACACUGAUCGCGAAUACGGAUCCAAAAACAUUGUCUGGGAUCACAGUUCGAGGUUUUCUCCGCGACGCAACGCAACAUCUCUCCUCCUCAUCACCAGCGCAUCCAGCCGACAUGGCCUCAUCCGUGAGCGGAGCGGAGGAAGUGCGCGUGUCGGCGUUGACGCCCCUGAAGUUGGUGGGUCUGGUGUGUAUUUUCCUCGCGCUGUGCCUGGAUGUUGGGGCCGUUCUGAGUCCGGCGUGGGUCACCGCGGAUGACCAGUACCACCUGUCCCUAUGGGAGUCGUGCAGGAAGCACGCUGCCUCCGUGGACUGGCUGUGCGACAGCACUCUGGGGCAGAAAGGGACCGACUGGCAGAUCGCCACAUUGGCUUUGUUGUUGGGUGGAGCGUUCCUUAUCCUCCUUUCCUUCCUGGUGGCACUGGUGUCUGUCUGCAUUCGCUCCAGGAGACACUUCUACCGACCGGUCGCUGUUAUGCUCUUUGCCGCAGUGGUCCUGCAGGCCUGCUGUUUGGUGCUAUAUCCCAUCAAGUUCAUCGAGACCAUCAGUUUGAGAAUAUACCACGAGUUUAACUGGGGCUACGGUCUGGCCUGGGGGGCCACCAUCUUCUCCUUUGGAGGAGCGAUUCUCUACUGCCUAAACCCCAAGAACUACGAAGAUUACUACUAAACAUGCUACAACACCCACAAUGCACUUCAAUGUCCUCUUCACUGUUGUGAUAGCAGCUCAUGCACUGAACAUUCGUUCGGAACUGUCCCUUGACUUUGCAAACACACACAAAGACCCUUAAAAUGCAGGGCAAUGCCGAGCUGUUAGAUGCAUAGAUUUUAAUUAUUUUUCCCUCAGAUUACUCUAUCACGCAAUUAAACCCCACCAUCAAACUCUAGUUCUUUUUCUGCCUGUCAUCUCUCUCUCUUCUCAUGUCAGUCUAACACCUCUGAUCUUUUUCUGACUACCAGAUGAGCAUGUGUGUUCACAGGAAUACUGCCAGUCUGAGAUGUAAUCAGUGGGGAAACCUCCAUCUGUGGUGGGAUCUGAAACAAUGCAGACAGAAAUCUACAAUUCUGACAGAAUAAAACUGUCAUGAUAGACAUGUUUUGAGGCCAGAAAGAUACAAGAUAGAGGGUUUAAAGACCAAAUGAAACCCAAAUACACCCAAAAACAAAGUUAAAAAAGCUUGAAAAGAGAAACAGUGUUACUGGUACAGUAAAGUACUAAUCAGCCAAACUAAAGACUGUAAAACUGUUAACUGAUCAAAAAGAUCUUAUGCUUAAGGGGUUGUCAUGUUGACAUGAUUUUGCAGGCAAAAAAAGGUCCAUGUAAAUCGCUUUAAGUCGAGUUCAAACCAAGAAGCUUUGUGUUACUCAGCGUGAGGAAUUUGCGCGACCGACUUAAAUACGAGCUAAAUCUGCCAUAUGUAGAACUCACGACUGCACGGAUUCCUAUUGGAAUUAAUGGAUUUCGCCACAAAAUUUCACUGAUCAAAAUUAAAUAUUUUUAAUGGUAAAAAAAAAAAAAAAAGGUCCAUAGUCUACUGUCAAUAAUGUAGUUAUUUAUGAAGCACGACUCAAAUAAAUUUUCAACCAAGCAACGUUCUGUUGGCCAAUGUGGCGAAUUCAUAUGACCAAUUUGAAAAAGUUGCUAAAUAUUUCACUCCCGUGUGAAAUUCUCCAUUGAUUUGGAUUUCUACUGAAAUUAUCAUUUUUAAUUCGAAAACAUUGUGUUGGUCAAUGUGGCGAAAUCACAACUAAUUUGGACCCAUUGUAAAAAUCCACACUCCCGUGAAAUUUCCCUUUGCGUGGAUUUGCGAGGAAAAUUUGCCGAACAGUAAAUAAGACCACACAUCCCAGCAUAAUUGCUCUCAUAAAAUGCUAAGAAAAACUGAUGCUACUUUAAGCACAGAUCAUGUACAUAGCACAUGAAUUGUCACCAUACAGUUAAUUUGUGCACAUCUGGAAACAUAUGCAUAUUCAGUUUAAAAGGGAUUUGGUAGAAGAUACUUUGCAUUGUAGAAAACCUAGGUCUUGUGUUGUAAUCAAGCCUUGCAUAUAGACUAGUAUCUGAAGAGUGAUUAUUAGUCUUUUGCAUAAGUAUCCACACAGGUGGUUAAAGGCAGACUGUAGGGUUGUUGUUUUUUAGCACUGUCAGUCUGUUGUGUGCAUGUUGGUGUGUCUGAAUGAGGGCGCAUGUAUCGUUUGAGUGAUUGCGUGCUUUCUGUUGGGAUUUUUCUGUCCCGAAUACAGUUGUGACAUAUUGUACUAAUUUAUAUACUAACCAAAUAAACAUAUAAAAAACUAACAA